AUGGUACGAGCUCUCCUAGACAAAGCCCAGGAGCAGGACAUCGCUCAUCGAGCAAUUACCACCAGGGACGGGUUCAGAUCCCAGACAAAUCCGUUGCCUCGAGCACCAAACGGCGGAGCCUUCUGGACCCCCGGUUUCUCGAGUGCUCGAUCGGGACACUAUGCCGGAGAUAACUCGCUUAACAAUCCGUAUACUAGCCCGAUCCCUAGGAGCCUGAGUUUUAAUGGAACCAGAGAAAACCCAACACGAAUCCAAGGCUCCCCGAUCACACCUCUCCGGACCAACGGCGUCACCGGAAGAGCCAACAUAGUUGGAUUCGAGACCCCGCCUUUCGACCAACGAGCUUCCAGAGUCCAUCACACAACGACGGGAGAUUUCGAGAUACCUGUUACGGGUCUCGAUCAGGGUAGACGAAACGAAGUGUCACCUUUUUCCCCAACCGCCGUUGGAACUCCGCGAAGAGAUGACAUGAGGACCGAUGGAGGAAAUGGGAACUUCCAGGAGUACAUCGAUAAAAACGAUGCCGAACUCAAACGACUAAACACCAUUAUGCAUAUGGCAACAAGCGCAGCCCCAGAUAUCGACCUCGCGAUAGAGGAAACUCGAAGAACCCCCUUCACAGAGAGAAUCUCGGGGAUGAAGCUAAGUACCAUCGGGAAAAUUACAUUCUCCGAGUACUCUGGAAACUCAGACCUUAAAGCUCACAUCCGAGCCUUUAGACUCGCGAUAUCCAGAGCACAUCUCAGUGACGACGAAAAAGAGGUAGGGUACUGUCGUUUCUUCGCAGAAAACCUCGCGGGCUUCGCCCUAGAAUGGUUCGCCAGCCUAGAAGAAAAUUCGAUUCAUAACUUCACACAACUAGUGUCGGCGUUCCUAAAGCAAUACUCGGUGUUCAUAGAAACCAGAACGACCGAAGCCGAUCUGUGGAACCUCAAACAAGCACCCUUCGAGCCUCUAAGAGCGUACAUAAACAAAUUUAGAGAAAUCAAAGCCAAGAUCGCAAACCUAAACGACGGAGUGGCUCUCGCCGUCUUAAAGAAUGAUGUGUGGUUCUCCUCUAAAUUCAAAGAAGAAAUGUCGGUCAGGGCCCCAGUGUCACUAGACGACGCGCUGCAUCGAGCAUCGUACUUUGCGGCCUACGAUGAGGACGUAGCUAACUUGAAAGAACAAUUCUUGGAAAGCAAAAACGCCGCCAGCAAAAGGACUUCGACAACUAAGGAAGCGCCGACCAAAUGUCAACAUUCUUACGCAAUUGACAACUCCACGAGAAACAAAUCAUCGACUUUCGAUCUAAACAAGCAUUGCGACUUCCACAAACGAAAAGGACAUUCCACUGAGGAAUGUCGCGCUGAUUUACGCGAAAAGGAGAGAAGAGAGGAAGAAGAGAACUCCGAAGAGGAUGAACUCCCUUCGACUCCAAAAAAACGAUAA